UAAAGUAUGAAAAAUUAGACACCGAAAUUCUUAAAUCUCGAUUAGAGAGAAUAACCUAAAUUACACGUAGAGUGCACUUUUACAUGCAUGUAAGAGGAUUACUCGGGAGCAUUGCCAAGUGAAGGUAAUCUAUGCGAUAAAGCGAAUCGGCUGGACGAUAUUCGAAAGGAUGAAACGAAGAGAAAAGAAUCGAUAACGACAGAGAUAAUUAGCUUGUCGAUUAUAUAUAUAUAUACGUAUGGUUAUAUAUAUAUGUUCAGCGAUACUAUUCCUCGAUAACGAGUAACUUUUAGACUUUCUCAGUAUUAGAAACACGCGUAUUCUUUUCUCUCUUUUUAUUUCCAUUCGUUAUUUCCUCACUUUUAUAUCAAAGGACGAUAAAAAAGCACGGCUCAUUCUCUUCUCAAGCACUCCUUUCUUUCCUCUAUUCAAGGAAAAUCGAUAUUACGUAGCUUUACCACUAUAAGCAUGAUCGUCGCUUUGUAUUUUCCAUUUUCUUCAUCCCCGAUCUCGAUUCCGAUAUGUUUGUAUCAUUAACUUAGAAUAGAGGAAAAAGCAAUGACAAUGAAACAUCGUUUCUCGUUUCCUUUCAAAUUGGAAUUCUGUCAUCACGUCGUUCCUCGUAAGUUUCUUACUAAAGUGGUACAGGGGAGGUGGGAAUGGAGAAACGAGAUCGAUUGAUACGAUGGUAGAUCGCGUGUAUCGAUUAAAUAUUCGAUUGCUAUCUCAAAACAUCCCCAUUAUGAAAAAGGAAUAUCGAUGCAAUGCGUUGUCGACGUGGUUCGCGAGAGAAGCCAUUCGCGUUUCUGAAAAGGAACCCCAAAAUGAAAAACGACAUGUCUGUCGAUGGAAUCAGAGUUGCGGGGGUGGUAAGUAGCUGACGCGGUACGUGCCUCUUCGCGACGAUUAGUAGGAAUGUAUUUUUAGAAGGGUAAGUCAGCCGGUAUACGCGUCACGUGAUAUUUUAGAGAAACGUCAGACGCCCCUUCUCUCCUUUCCGAAAGAUCGAGGUGGACUAUUUAAGCUCCCGGCGCGCUUUUGCCGAUGCGAAUUAGAAAGUGAAAUCACAAUUUACCAGGAUCUAUCGGGAUAGUUCGACCGUCCAUAUAGUUUCUGUCUAUUCUCUAUUUUUCCCAAGUGUUUAGAAUUCACCGUUCUCUCGAGAAAAGAAAGAACAAAAAAGUACGGUAGUACGAGUUGUUUUUUGCAUGUUCUUUUAUAUGUUCCCCCUUUACAUUUUUUUUCUUCGCCCAUCUUCCACAAUUUUUUUUUUAUUUUUUAUUGUUUGUUGUUAUUGUUCUUUUUUGUUUUUUUUGUUUUUUUUUGCUUUUUAAUUAUUUUUUCGUGUAUUUCUUUUUUUUUUUUUUAUUAUUCUCUUACAGCUCGGUAACAAGUUAGCUUUAAUUGCUUAUACUUGCAACAUAGUCGUAAUUAUUAUCUCGAAAGGAUAUCUAAUCCCUAUUCGCUUAUUUUAUUGAAUUCUUCUAACUCCAUUUUCUCCGUUCAUCGUUUAUUAUCAGCUGGAUAAAGUAUCCUUCAGAUUGAUUUUCUCUAUCUAACUGUAAUCUCAAUUAUCUCCUUUGAUCAACGUCAAAUUAUUAAUGUUAUUAUAAUCACAUGCUCUGUAAUCACGAAAAAAUCGUUUGUCACACAUUAGAUCGCUUUCGGACGAUAAAGACGAUUGGUUAUAUUGCGAUAUCUCGCAAUAAGUCUGAAACUGGUAGGUAAAGAUACUCGGAGAUUAUGUCGUUAAAGUUAAGAAACCGAAAGCUCGCGUUUUUCGUUUCGAUGAUGAUUCUAAAAGUGUCGGAGAAGUAAUUUUCGUCGAACGAACCGCCUACUGUUUCCGAUGAUCACACGUUCGAGGAAUGUUGUUGGUAUAUCAUUGACGGAUCACGCGUCAUUUGUAACAAAAUUUUCUUCCGUAUCUUGAUACUGAUCUUUCAUUACGAGAAAACAGCGAUCUCCGUUUAAAAUGGAUUUCGUCAGGUUUGGUUCAUCCUUUCGUCUAGAGGAUAUAGAAGCGACAAUGACGAUAAAAUAUCCAAACUUGUAAAUACUCUUUCUCAUUUCUUUCAUUUUUUAAAUAGUCUUAUUCAAGUAUAACGUAACGUCGCUAGUCUUUAUCGUUGUCGUAGCUAUCAUAUGCGUUUCCCUUACUUCCUUUUUCAAAUAUACCAUUAAAACCAUUUUACCGGAAAAACGCGUUAAGAUCUUACUAGUUUUUCUUACACUCUUUUUAUCCGACAAUGACUUAUCUCGAAUAGUUAAUCCUUACGUUCGCAACGUCUCUAAAGUGUACCGAAGAGUACUCUAGAAACAACGAUUAAAUCCUAUAGCAGAAUACGCUACCGAUAAUUCGACGUCACUUUCUCUUCAGUUUUUUUUGCGACUUUUAACAUUCGUACGUCUUGGCAACACGAGUAAUGUUGACCCACGUUGUUUAUUCAUCUUACGGAAUGACAAUUAGUUGGUUUAAUCGUUUCGUUGGUCAAUCGAUUGUCCGCCGAUCAAAAGUUUUCUCCCUGAUGGAUUAUCGAUCUACGCGCUUUGAUUAUGCGUGUGUGAUCGGAUGAAUAAAACAUGUUUGUGUGUGUGUGUGUGUGUGUGUAUAUAUUUAUAUAGAUUGUAUGUCUAUGAAAAUCGUUUUUCAUCUCCUUAUAAUAAAUUGAUUUUAUUGUGCUGGUCGCGCUACGAGUCAUCCCAAGCUCCACGAUAAUUACGAUCUUUUCUAUAUCGUUGCUUGUUCUUAUAAUACGUGACAUAAUGAGAGUGUAAACCCUGAAAACAUAUCUACUUGAAUAUAGAAAGCACCAAUCGAUACAUGAGCGGACUUAUACGAUAGUUAAAAACACAACGGAUCUUUUAAUCUCCGAAAAUAUUCUACUUUGUUUCUAAUAAAAGAAUAUUUAUAUAAAGAAAAGAACAAUUAUCCUAUCGUGGAUUAAGAGAAUUAAUAAUGACAAUCAACAUUUAAGGAAUAAAACUAAGAAAUGCUUUCGGAACGAGAAAGAUACUCAUAAUUCUAAAUAAGCGAUAGAUAUUAAACAUUACCUCAGGAUGCUUUGCGUAUGACCGGAUAGAAAGAUUAGUAGAAAGAGCCUUAAUUGAAUAAAAUUACCAUCCUAAUUGUGCGCGCGAGUAGUACUUUUAACGUUCUAAAUGUAAGUAUGUUAAACUUUAUUAUAUCGAAAGGGAAUUUGCAAAAAGAAAAAUAGAAUUGUUAUUAUCCGUAAAUACGAUAGUCCCUAAUCGUAACGCUUAUAUAAUAGUAAGCGAAGAGACUAGUUGAUUUUAUAUUGUAAUUUUCAAAUUUGGUAAAAAUUAUUCGAAACUCGUCAUUCGCAUUUAAACGCGAAUAUACGUGAUAUCGAAAAAAGGAGAAAAAGUCGACGAAAAAAUGUUUCCCCUAUAUCCCUAACCCGAUCCAAUUAGUUUUAUAAGAAUUCUUAAUAAUUUUAUAAUAAAUCUUAACUUUCAAACCGGACAUGUAAGUUAUAGAGACUUAAGAACUAAUGCGUGCACCUUCACGAGAGUAAAUCUUUCUUUCUCUCGCUUUCACUCGAAACGCUUGGGUGUCGAUGAUGUGACAGUGCUCGCCAUUUUAUCUGAACAUUUUGUACGUACACUGAACUUUUACCAAUAGCAUCAAUGUUAUAAUAAUAAAUAAAUAGAUUAAUAAUAAAUAAAGAGAAACGGGAAUAGAUUAGGCGCGAUUAGAUGUUUUAUAUCCGAUCUAAGAGAAAUCUGGAGCCUUACGAUGUACCGUUUUUAUCCUAACGAUAAGUCUAAAGAUUACAUUAGAAGAAAUACGAUCGCCGGUCAUUAACGUUUACGUAAAUCCAACACACAUCUGCUUAUUUUGCGUAAACUUUAAUAUUUCUUUUUUUUUUUUAUACUUUUUACUCCUUUUUAUUUAUUUUUUUGGUAUUUUUGCUUUUAUUAAUUUUUUUGUUAUUUUUCUCCUCUCUUUUUUUUUUAGUUUUUCUUCAUGUUUUUUAUUGUUAUUUUAUCAAUUGGCUACCGAGGAUGGAAAUAGACAUCCAAUUGGAAUUGUAUUUCUUGAAUCGUCUCUGUUUACAGAAAUGUCCAUCGUACCGCUCAUGUUCCGCGACUGGUGGGAGGAUAUGGAUCGUCCUGUAUCACGAAUCUGGGAUCAAUACUUCGGUAGAGGACUAAAUCGAGACGAUUUGAUCUCCGAAUUUUCCAACCUCGGCAUCAACCGACCAUUUCCAACUCCGUUUCGUUCACUUUUGGGGAACAACAGCACGUACUACCGACCAUGGAGAACGGUGACACGACAAAACUCUGGUGGUUCGAGUACAAUCAAAAUGGAGAAAGAUAACUUUCAGGUAAUAUUGGACGUUCAGCAAUUCUCACCGGACGAGAUCACAGUGAAGACGGUCGAGAAGAACGUUGUGGUCGAAGCCAAACACGAGGAGAGACAAGACGAGCAUGGAUUUAUCAGCAGACACUUUGUACGGAGAUACGUUCUGCCCACGGAUUACGAUGCGAUCAACGUUACCUCGACGCUUUCCUCGGACGGUGUUUUAACGAUUACGGCACCGAGAAAGAAGCCCGAACCCACUGGAACCGAAAGAAUUAUAAAUAUCGUUAAGACCGGCGUGCCCGCGGAGAAAUCGCAAGAAACGAAAAUCGAGACUAAAGUUGAAAACGAAACGAAGGAACACGAAAAAUGAUUAUAAUAAACUCUCUACGAUCUUUCCGUAGAUAAUAUUUUUAUAUAAGUAUAUACCUAUGUAUAUAUAUAUCCAAGAGUAUACGAUAUAAUAAAAAUAUUUAAGUUCGUA